CUUGAACACCAGACCUCUCAAUUCUCAUUCAUGGAGCCGGAGGAGUAAAAAGUGGAGAGACCGCAUAAACGAUAAAUAUGAUAAAAAGAAAAGCAGUAUCUCUCUCGCUCUCUCUCCUUCCUUCCUUUCGGACCAGACAUAAGAGGGGACACUCAGGAUUCUGGAGAAAUAUGAUUGAUAAUCAUUUGAAACAAAUUAUUCGAAUCACAUCCCAGAGAAAGCACUAAUCAAAUCGGACGCUCAUGUCUGGCUCGUCGUCGUCGGAAGGAUCAGAGGAGGAUGAUGAGGGCAUCGACUCCUACAGGAAAGGUGGCUACCACGCCGUCAGAGUAGGCGACACCUUCAACGGAGCACGUUACGUCGCCCAACGGAAGCUCGGAUGGGGGCAAUUCUCCACCGUCUGGCUUGCCUAUGAUACACGAUCAUCGAGUUUUGUUGCUCUUAAAAUUCAGAAGAGUGCUGCGCAAUUUGUCCAAGCGGCCCUUCAUGAGAUCGAAGUCCUUUCGGCCAUUGCUAAUGGUGAUCCUUCAAAUUCCAAGUGUGUCGUGCGACUUAUCGACCACUUUAAGCACACUGGCCCAAAUGGGCAGCACCUGUGCAUGGUUCUUGAGUUUCUCGGCAAUAGUUUACUCCGGCUAGUCAGGUAUAAUCGUUACAAAGGCCUUGCAUUGAAUAAAGUUCGGGAGAUCUGCAAAUGCAUUUUGACAGGUCUGGAUUACUUGCAUAGAGAACUUGGUAUAAUCCAUACUGACCUAAAACUUGAAAAUAUUCUGUUUUCUUCCACGAUUGAUCCUGCCAAAGAUCCUUUGAAGUCUGGGCUUACCCCAAUUCUUGAAAGACCCGAGGGUAGCCUUAAUGGUGGAGCUACGAUGAAUAUCAUUGAGAAGAAAUUGAAGCAGAGGGCAAAAAGGGCAGUUGCUAAGAUAUCAGGAAGGAGAACCUCUAUGGGGGGAGUAGUGGUUCAGAGGUCAGAGAGAAGCCUGGAUGGAAUUGAUAUGACGUGCAAGGUUGUGGAUUUUGGCAAUGCAUGCUGGGCUGAUAAGCAGUUUGCAGAAGAAAUCCAAACAAGGCAGUACAGAGCUCCUGAAGUAGUACUCAGGGCUGGCUAUUCCUUCUCUGUCGAUAUGUGGUCAUUUGCUUGCACUGCAUUUGAGCUUGCUACUGGUGACAUGAUGUUUGCUCCCAAGAAUGGAAAAGGCUUCAGUGAAGACGAGGAUCACCUUGCUCUUAUGAUGGAACUCCUUGGAAAGAUGCCUCGAAAGAUAGCCAUUGGUGGAGCUCGAUCAAAGGAUUUAUUUGACAGGCAUGGGGAUCUAAAAAGGAUUCGAAGGCUCAGGUACUGGCCACUCAACAAAUUGCUGGUUGAGAAAUACAAAUUCUCAGAAGCCGAUGCUCAUGAGUUUGCAGAGUUCCUUUGUCCACGUCUUGAUUUUGCACCAGAGAAGCGGCCAACAGCACAGCAGUGCCUUCAACACCCAUGGCUCAAUUUGAGAACUUCAACUCAAAGUGAGAGGAAUAAUGAAGCUAAUAUAGAGAAUUUGGAUUCUAGGGUGAGCAAACUUCAGAUCAAGGGUGGGGAGUAAGUGAAGAAUGGAACAAAGGAGUUUCCCAUAACUGGUCCGGAUUGAAAACCCCUCCACAUUUAUUCUGUUACAUCUGAAUAACAUUUUUUGAUUAAAGAUUAACUGCAAUGUAAAUUAGUAAAUGAUUUUUGUGAGGAACUGAGGAUAUACAUGAGUGAUUUUAACAUCAUUGUAAGAAAUGGUGGGUUUGUGCUAAUUAAUAUAGCCUACACCUUUGUCUUUUACAUUCAACUGAUGUUGAGGUUCAUGAAUGAAAGAAGGAAUUUGAUUGUUGCUUUAA